AUGAAACUAAUCAUCGAGGAGAACGCCGAAAAGGUAGCCGACUUCGCCGCUCGCUACGUCGCCCGGAAAAUCGCCGAAGCUUCCGAAAAGAAGAAAUUCUUCGUUCUGGGACUUCCGACGGGCUCGACGCCGUUGGGAAUGUACAAAAAGUUGAUUGAAUUCUAUAAGGAGGGAAUGAUCUCGUUUGAAAUGGUCAAAACCUUCAAUAUGGACGAGUAUGUCGAUCUGCCUCGCGAUCACCCCGAAUCCUAUCACUCGUUCAUGUUCGACAACUUCUUCCGUCACAUUGAUAUCCAGCCAGCAAAUAUCCAUAUCCUCAACGGAAACACCGGAGAUCAUGAGAAAGAGUGCGCAGAGUAUGAGAAGAAGAUUCUGGAAGCGGGCGGAAUCGAUUUGUUCAUCGGAGGCAUUGGUCCGGACGGACAUAUCGCUUUCAAUGAGCCAGGGAGCUCUCUGGCCAGUCGCACACGAAUUAAGACACUCAAUGAGGAUACCAUUCAGGCCAACGCUCGUUUCUUCGGCGGCGACCUCUCCAAAGUGCCAACCCAAGCGCUGACAGUCGGUGUUCAAACCGUAAUGGACGCUCGCGAAGUGAUGAUUCUGAUCACUGGAUCCCAUAAGGCACUGGCCCUUCAUCAGGCAAUCGAAUGCGGUGUCUCUCAUAUGUGUACAGUAUCCGCAAUGCAAAUGCAUCCAUGCGCCACGUUUGUCGCCGAUGAAGACGCCACUUUGGAGCUGAAAGUGAAGACGGUCAAGUACUUCAAAGGACUCAUGGCCCUCCAUCGAAAACUCGUCGAGUUUUGA